AGCCCACAAGGUCAGUUUUGUUUAUCUCAACAAUUUUCUCUAAGUGCUUUUUGGAUAAAUUACACGACUAGAUCUUUUAACACGUUCUCUCAUGUGAGUGCGAAGGAUCACAAAGCCCAGGAGGCUUUCGUCAGAUACUACUCAUCAUGCCAUUUAUUAAUUAUUGUAAUGGAUAAAAGAUCUAUAAGACAUGAUCUCUAAUUGCCACUUAGAUUAAAUACUUGCAUACAUACCAACUUAUGAUCUAUCUUAACUAGAAUUUGUCACGAUUUGGUAGGCUUCACUUCACACCAAAAAAAGACAAUCCUAACUUGACUUGUAUAGUAUACAAAUCCAUAGAACUUUACUGUAAAAGAAGCAGUCAUGUAUCUUAGACUGAUGAGUAAGAUGUACCUAAUUGUGACAUUGAUGGUUGAGAUUUUCCGCUCACCUGCAAUAAUGGAAGCUGUUUCCCAUCUUUAACUUCUUCCAAGAGUGCCUAAUCUUGAACCGCGUGUCAUU